GUGCACUGGAGCAGCAUGGCGCAUGCCGCCUCUCAGCUGAAGAAAAAGGCGGAUGAGAACCUCAACGCUGCGGAGGAAGAGAAGGAGAAGAAGAAGGCGAGGAAACGUUCCCGUGAAGUGAAGAAAAAGGCGGAUGUAAAUGCCUGUUAUCUGCGAGCAGCUCGUACCGGGAACCUCGAGAAAGCUUUGGACUACCUGAAGAAUGGAGUCGACAUCAACAUUUGCAAUCAGAAUGGUCUGAACGCUCUCCAUCUGGCCUCGAAGGAGGGUCAUGUGGAAGUGGUGGCUGAGCUCAUCAAACAGGGCGCCCAUGUGGACGCAGCUACCAAGAAAGGAAACACAGCGCUCCACAUCGCGUCCCUUGCCGGACAGGGGGAGGUGGUGAAGGAGCUCGUCACCCAGGGAGCCAACGUCAAUGCACAGUCUCAGAAUGGCUUCACUCCGCUGUACAUGGCAGCACAGGAGAACCACUUGGAUGUGGUGCAGUUUUUAUUGGACAACGGCUCCAGUCAGAGCAUCGCCACUGAGGAUGGUUUCACUCCUCUGGCGGUGGCGUUGCAGCAGGGCCAUGACCAGGUGGUUUCCCUCCUCCUGGAAAAUGACACCAAGGGGAAGGUCCGCCUCCCGGCGCUGCACAUCGCGGCACGGAAAGAUGACACCAAGGCCGCCGCCCUCCUCCUCCAGAACGACCACAACGCUGACGUGGAGUCCAAGAUGAUGGUGAAUAGAACAACAGAGAGUGGGUUCACUCCUCUUCACAUUGCAGCUCACUACGGCAACAUCAACGUAGCAACGCUCCUGCUGAACAGAGGGGCAGCUGUGGACUUCAAGGCGAGGAACGACAUAACACCGCUGCACGUAGCAUCCAAACGUGGGAACAGCAACAUGGUGCGACUGCUGCUGGAGAGAGGAGCCAAGAUAGAUGCACGGACCAAGGACGGUCUGACUCCUCUCCACUGUGGAGCCAGGAGUGGACAUGAGCAGGUGGUGGAGAUGCUGCUGGACAGAGGAGCUCCAAUACUGUCAAAAACCAAGAACGGUUUGUCUCCCCUCCACAUGGCGACGCAAGGCGACCAUCUGAACUGCGUCCAGCUGCUGCUGCACCACGAGGUGCCUGUGGACGACGUGACCAACGACUACCUGACGGCGCUGCACGUGGCUGCCCACUGUGGACACUACAAGGUGGCAAAGGUCAUUGUGGACAAGAAGGCCAACCCCAACGCCAAGGCACUGAAUGGUUUCACUCCCCUGCACAUUGCCUGUAAGAAGAACAGAGUCAAGGUGAUGGAGCUACUUCUGAAGCAUGGAGCAUCCAUACAGGCAGUCACUGAGUCUGGUCUGACUCCGAUCCACGUUGCAGCGUUUAUGGGACAUGAAAACAUCGUCCACCAGCUGAUCAACCACGGGGCUUCACCAAACACAAGCAAUGUGAGAGGGGAGACAGCACUCCACAUGGCAGCGAGGGCAGGACAGUCAAAUGUGGUCCGUUAUCUGGUCCAGAAUGGAGCUCGGGUCGAUGCCAAGGCCAAGGACGACCAGACUCCGCUACACAUCUCAAGCCGUCUUGGCAAACAAGACAUUGUCCACCAGCUGCUGGCCAAUGGAGCGUACCCAGAUGCCACAACCAACUCUGGAUACACACCCUUACACUUGGCUGCCAGGGAGGGACACCGAGAUGUGGCUUCAGCUCUGCUGGACCAGGGAGCUAGUCUGGGCAUUACUACUAAGAAGGGCUUCACUCCUUUGCAUGUUGCGGCAAAGUACGGCAAGAUGGAGGUGGCCAGCCUGCUGCUGCAGAAAAACGCUCAGCCCGAUGCUGCUGGGAAGAGUGGACUAACUCCACUGCAUGUGGCAGCACACUAUGAUAACCAGAAGGUGGCGCUGCUCCUGCUGAACCAGGGGGCCUCGCCGCUUGCUGCUGCAAAGAACGGUUACACGCCGCUCCACAUUGCAGCUAAGAAGAAUCAGAUGGAGAUAACCACCACGUUACUGGAGUACGGAGCCUCCACCAACACGGUAACACGCCAGGGAAUCACUCCUCUGCACCUCGCAGCACAGGAGGGCAACGUGGACAUAGUGACGCUGCUGCUGGCUCGAGACGCUCCUGUUAACAUGGGCAACAAGUCUGGUCUGACUCCGCUCCACCUGGCUGCCCAGGAGGAUAAAGUCAACGUUGCUGAGGUCUUAGUCAACCAUGGAGCUACCGUAGACCCUGAGACCAAGCUGGGAUACACUCCUCUUCAUGUGGCCUGCCACUAUGGCAACGUGAAGAUGGUGAACUUCCUGCUGAAGAAUCAGGCAAAGGUCAACGCUAAGACCAAGAACGGUUACACCCCUCUCCAUCAGGCUGCACAGCAGGGACACACACACAUCAUCAACUUGCUGCUACAUCAUGGAGCAUCGCCCAACGAACUCACCGCUAAUGGGAAUAGUGCCCUGUCCAUUGCCAGGAGGCUCGGCUACAUCUCUGUAGUUGACACACUCAAAGUGGUCACAGAGGAAACUCUGACCACUCAGACUGUGACAGAGAAGCACAAGAUGAAUGUUCCAGAGACCAUGAACGAGGUGCUGGACAUGUCCGAUGACGAAGUCCAUAAAGCCAAUGUCCCCGAAAUGAUCACAGAGGACUAUUUAUCUGAUGUGGAAGAAGAGAUGGAUGAUGAAAAUAUCUGCAUCAUCUAUUCGUGUGACGAUGCAAUGACGGGGGACACAGACAAAUACUUGGCCCCCCAGGACCUGCGGGAGCUGGGGGACGACUCGCUCCCUCAGGAGGGCUACAUGGGCUUCAGCGUCGGUGCACGGUCACAGAGUCCCAAGGUCAGUUCUGAUAGGUCCAACACGCUGAACCGGAGCUCGUUCACGCGGGACAGCAUGAUGAUAGAGGAGAUUCUGGCACCCAGUAAGGAGAUGCAUUUGGCGGCAGCUAAGGACUUUGACAAUGACUCUCUGAGGAGGUACAGCUGGACUGCAGAUGCACUGGAUAAUGUCAACCUAGUCUCCUCACCAAUACACUCUGGUUUUUCCUCUCCGCUCCCGCAGUACGACAGCAGGUUCCUGGUCAGUUUCAUGGUCGAUGCUAGGGGCGGCUCCAUGAGAGGAAGUCGUCACAACGGCAUGCGCAUCAUCAUCCCACCGAGAAAGUGCACAGCGCCCACCAGGAUCACCUGUCGACUUGUCAAGAGGCACAAGCUAGCAUCGCCUCCCCCGAUGGUGGAAGGAGAAGGCCUGGCCAGCCGACUGGUUGAGGUUGGUCCAGCAGGAGCUCAGUUCCUUGGGCCUGUGAUAGUGGAGAUCCCUCAUUUUGGCUCGAUGCGGGGCCAGGAGAGAGAGCUGAUCCUGCUGCGCAGCGAGAAUGGGGAAACCUGGAAGGAGCAUCUGUAUGACUGUAAGACUGAUGACCUCAAUCAGCUCCUCAAUGGGAUGGAUGAAGAACUGGACAGCCCUGAUGAGCUGGAGAGGAAGAGGAUCUGCCGAAUCAUCACCAAGGAUUUUCCACAGUACUUUGCGGUAGUGUCUCGGAUCAGACAGGAGACCAAUCAGAUGGGACCCGAGGGCGGGACUCUCUGCAGCCGGAGCGUCCCAUUGGUUCAGGCCUCCUUCCCUGAGGGGGCGUUAACCAAGAAGAUCAAGGUUGGAUUGCAGGCCCAGCCGGUACCUGAUGAGACUGUGAAGAAAAUCCUUGGUAACCGAGCAACCUUCAGCCCCAUCGUUACCGUGGAGCCCAGGAGACGGAAGUUCCACAAACCCAUCACCAUGACAAUCCCAGUCCCGCCCCUCUCCGGCGAGGGGCUCACCAACGGCUACAAAGGAGACAGUACUCCCUGUCUCCGCCUUCUCUGUAGCAUUACAGGUGGUACGUCCCCAGCUCAGUGGGAAGACAUCACAGGCACAACUCCUCUCACCUUUGUCAAUGACUGCGUCUCCUUCACCACCAAUGUUUCUGCCAGGUUCUGGUUAGCAGACUGCCACCAGAUCCCAGAGACGGUGGGCCUGGCCACGCAGCUGUACAGGGAGCUGAUCUGUGUGCCCUACAUGGCCAAGUUUGUGGUGUUUGCUAAAAUGAAUGACCCAGUGGAGUCCAGACUUAGGUGCUUCUGUAUGACAGACGACAAGGUGGAUAAGACCCUGGAGCAGCAGGAAAACUUUGAGGAGGUGGCCAGGAGCAAAGACAUAGAGGUUCUGGAGGGCAGGCCCAUUUAUGUGGACUGCUAUGGAAACUUGGCUCCUCUGACUAAAGCUGGUCAGCAGUUAGUUCUUAAUUUCUACGCCUUCAAGGAGAACCGUUUGCCCUUCUGUGUCAAGGUGAGAGACCCAAGCCAGGAGCCCUGCGGUCGUCUCACGUUCCUUAAAGAGUGUAAGAUCACAAAAGGCCUUCCCCAAACGGCCGUGUGUAACCUGAACAUCACACUUCCUGCCGUGAAAAAGGAAAUGGAGUCAGAUGCCGAGGAUGAGACUGAAAAGCCAGAGCGACGUCAUACCUUUGCAUCCCUAGCCUUACGUAAGCGCUACAGCUAUCUGGCCGAGCCUGCACUGAGCCCUCAGAGUCCCUGUGAGAGAACAGACCUCCGCAUGGCAAUAGUAGCUGACCACCUUGGACUCAGCUGGACUGAGCUGGCCAGGGAGCUGGAUUUCUCUGUGGAAGAGAUCAACUUCAUCAGAGUGGAGAACCCCAAUUCCCUGACAGCACAGAGCUUCAUGCUCCUAAAGAAAUGGGUGCACAGGGACGGUAAAAAUGCCACAACGGAUGCUUUAACUGCGGUGCUGACAAAGAUCAAUCGGUUGGAUAUUGUGACUUUGCUGGAAGGGCCCAUAUUUGACUACGGUAACAUUUCAGGCACACGCUGCUUUGCCGAUGAUAACGCAGUAUUCCCGGAUCAGUCCGAUGGAUACCACAAUAUAGAUCUGGAGCUGCAAACCCCCACAGACCUGAACUACAUGCCCCCCAGCCCACUGCGCUCAGAUGACUUCUUUAGUGAGGGCGAUGCUAGUGUAGAUUCCCCUACCAAGACCACGCUUACUAGGCCUAGCGACCUCUCUCUCACUCAGACCACCAGUACCUCCAGCAGUGACCCCCUCACAGUCGUCCCUGGCCCCUGCGCCCUGCAACCACCCAUUGUUGGGGCAGAAGAUACAACCUUGACCACUGGAGAAAGAGUGGAAGAGAAGAUGGAGCUGGUUUCUCAUGAGAGUCUGGAUAAUGACAGAAGAGCAGUAGAGAAAUCAGGACAGGGGACAGAAGAACUGAGGGCAGAGCCAGAUGUUUCUUUGGAGAGAAACCGAAAAGAAGAAGCUGCCUCAGACAUUGGUCAAGGCAACGGAAGGCAGGAAGAGGAGGAAGAAGAAGAGGAGAUGACCCAGGAGAGGCUGCAGAGCCUGCUGGAGGAUAUAAAGCUGGAGGGAGGCUUGGAGGACGUGGAAAUGACAGAGGAGAGGGUGAACGCCAUCCUCGAACAAGUACGCCAAGCAGAAAAAGUCAUGUGUUCAGUUCCAGGUUGGAGAAGCGAGACAUCCAACGCGAGCGUAGAGUCAUCAGCAGUGCCUGGCACUGAGGAGGGCAGCCCUGAAAGUCUAGCUGAUUCACUGGAGCAGCCCCCGACUCAGACCAACAAACAGAAUGGAGGUCAAACUGACGUAGCCAGGGAAGGGAAAGAAAAGGAGGCCAAGAGAAAGGGAUCUCAGGAGGACAGCAGCACAGCGGGACCAAGCAGAGGACGGGAGGAGGGAGUUGACAAGUCCCAGCACAAAGUCCAGGGGAGAGUUAGAGCUGAAGAGUCCGGCUCUGAUGAGGAAACCACUGUUACCACCAGGGUGUACCGCAGACGGGUCAUACUCAAGGGAGAGGAGGCCAAAAACAUUCCUGGAGAGUCUGUGACGGAGGAGCAGUUCACAGAUGAAGACGGGAAUCUGGUCACCAGAAAAGUGAUCAGAAAGGUGGUGCGCCGCGUGGUCAACUCAGAGGAAAGGAGGGAAAGUGAAGGCGAAACUGUUUCAGAAGAAGGAGCUGGUGGUGUUGGUGGUGGUGUAGCAAAAGGUGGAGCAGAUGCUGCUUCUUCUGCAGGAGCAGCAGCUGGAGCCGCGGGAGGGAAGGGCAAGAAGAGAGGGAAGCGUUCCCGACAGAAGGCUGAGAAGUCUGGAGAGGAGGCCCAGAGAGGGAAAACUGAGCCUGGAGACAGCGCCAGCAAGAAACAAGGGAAGAGGAGUCAGUCGUAACAGUGGAGCUCUCGACUCAACCUGAACCAGGUCCACGGACGACGUCCACUUGCGACACCACACACACACCCUGGGAGGAAAAAUGGACUGGAGCCCCUGAAAAGGAAGAGGCCUUGUCAAUCAGCCAAUACGUGUCUGAAGCUUUCACUUAACAACGCAUGGUUUUCAGCAAGACGACGCAAAACAAGUUACUUUUCUUUGAUUUCGCAUGAGCAUGUCACCAAACUCACUCACUGUCGGAAACAACCCUGAAGGACACGCAUGGACGUGAGCUGGAAUUUUCCUUUACCUUCAAUGAAUUAAAGGCGUCUGUGACCAAAGACGCAAACGGGGGGAAAAAGAGCAAACUGCUGACAGAAAAGGAAAACUUGUUAUUCACACUCAGACACUCGCCUUAUAUGGUCUAUUUUUCCCUCCUGGACCCACAGUAUUGGGGUGUACCACGUGGUUCUUUUUUUUAAAAAAAUAAGAAAAAAAGAAAUAUAAUAGUAAAUGGGUGAUUUUGUUGUAUAUAAAUGACACUGUAUAAAAAUCAGAAAAAAAAAUCAGUAGCUUCACAGAUUGUUUAUGCACUGAUUUGAGUUGAUGAAGCUUUGCAGAGUCGGUGCAUUUGUAUUGAGAGGUCGGCACUGUUUGAGCAGCCUUGAGUGUGUGACCUGACAUGCUCUUCCCAAAUGAAUAUAAAAAGGAACAAAGCAGCUGUAUGUCAAUGAGAAACGAAUGGAGAAAAAAAAAAUGCUUGAUUUUAAACAAAAGGACGUUUCUUUAAAGCCAACAGCUACUUCCGCUCUGUCUGUGGAACAUUGUCUUCAGAGAAAUAUUUUGCUGCAUGUGAUGUCACUUUAUUUUAAGGCUUUUCUUUUGUUUCUCCUAAUUCAAAGCACUGUAAUACACUAAGAGAGGGUUUGAUGGUACUUCUGUCUGUGUGAGCUCAUAAUAACCCAACCAUCUGUCAUCUAUUACUGUUUUUUUAAUUUUUAUUUUUAUGAAACACACACUCCACACUGAAGUGGUGAGCAAACAAAGCUUCAUUCUUACUCUUCAGGGCAGUACUGUGUCCCUGAAUGUAACCGGCAGACUGGCACAUUGCCUUAUCGCCAACCUCCUAGCAACCCUGUGUGUGUGUGUGUGUGUAACAUUUAAAAAAAUAAAACCCUGUCUAUCUGUGAGCCCAUUAUGCAUACUAGAAGUGUAAGUUUAGGCUUUUAGGUCUGCUGUGGUUUUAAAAAGGGGGACUGAUUUUAUUUUGACGGUUUGAUGAUUUUUAUCUUUAUUUAAUUGGCUGUUUUUACAUUAGAACGGAGGGUCUCAUUUUUAGCCCCAUCACUAAAAUGUGGUCCUUUUUACUAACAGAUACUGAACACUAAAAUAAAUCACAGAACUGGUCUCACGUUAAAAAAAAAAAAAAAAUCAGAUUUUCUGUUCUUCAUGUGAAUCUGUUUUUUUUUUCCAUUUGUCUUUUUCAUACAAAACCACCUUAAACAUCCAUUGUUGAGAGAUCUGGUACCAACAUGUAUGACAAACCAACAUAGCCUACACUGGAUGAUCCAAGUAAUUAUUUAAGCAGAAAAAUAAAUUGUGUUUAAACUGAA